UUUCGCACUUCUGGAACUGGUUUUCACUGAUUUAUGAGAGACACAGUUGGAGACAUUUCCUUUUUAGAAAAGUAGAUUGAAGUCAGCUGACUGUUCGCCAGUUUCAUGUUCGAGUUCUCCGUUCCACCUUAAAUGGUGCUGUAGUUACAUGCUGACUCCCCAGGCGUCGUAAUUACAACUGCUGCAGCAUUUAAGGUGGAACGGGAAAAUUGGAGAAAGCUGACUUCAGCCUCGGAGUGUUCAUGGUGCACACCUUCUGUCCAGACCUGGCUCGAAACGAAUGAUUUAUUUGUGCAAGUCUUCUCCUGCUCCAAGUACCCUCUUGCUGGCAUAUUUUAAAUUUACAUCCAAAUACCCCAAGUGGAAGAUGGCAUCCAGAGGUACUCAGCGACCAUCUUCUGAUCCUCCUGACUCUAACACAUCUCAGAGACGAGGGCAUAAAAAAGAGACCAAGGACAAAAUUCACGUCUGUUCAGAGUGCGGAAAGAGUUUUAAUCGACAGAGUAACCUCAAAGCCCACCAACGCAUUCACACAGGAGAGAAGCCGUAUCACUGCUCAGAGUGUGGGAAGAGCUUUUAUCAACUGAUUAAUCUCCAAACACACCAACGUAUUCACACAGGAGAGAAACCAUUUUGUUGCUCAGAAUGUGGGAAGAGUUUUAAUCAACAGAAUAAUCUUCAAUUCCACCAGCGCAUUCACACAGGAGAGAAACCGUAUCACUGCUCAGAGUGUGGGAAGAGUUUUACUCAACAGAGUCAUCUCCAGCUACACCAGCACAUUCACACAGGAGCAAAGCCACAUUGCUGCUCACACUGUAACAGAAGUUUUAGAGACAAAGGAACUCUCAAAAAACACCAGCGCCUUCACACAGGAGAGAAACCGUAUCAGUGCUCAGAUUGUGGGAAACAUUUUACUCUACAGAGUAGUCUCCAAUCACAUCAGCGCAUUCACACAGGAGAUAAGCCUCACAGUUGCUUAGAGUGCGGCAAGACUUUUACUACACAGAGUCAUCUCAAAGUACACCAGCGCAUUCACACGGGAGAGAAACCGUAUUGCUGCCCUGAGUGUGGGAAGAGGUUUAUUACGCAGAGUAACCUGUACGAACACCAGCGCGUUCACACGGGAGAGAGGCCGUACCGCUGCUCCGAGUGCGGGAAGAGUUUUAAUCAACAGAGUAAUCUCAAAGUACACCAGCGCAUUCACACGGGGGUGAAACCGUAUCACUGCUCUGAGUGUGGACAGAGUUUCAAUCAACAAAUUCAUCUUCAUACACACCAGCGAAUCCACACAGGAGAGAAGCCGUAUCACUGCUCAGAGUGCGGGAAAGGCUUCAAUCAGAAGAGUAAUCUCCAACUGCACCAACGCAUUCACACUGGAGAGAAGCCAUAUAACUGCUCAGACUGUGGGAAGACUUUCACUCAACAGAUUCAUCUCCAACUACACCAGCAUGCUCACACAAGAGAGAGGCCACAUCACUGUCCAUACUGUGGAAAGAGUUUCAGAGACAGACGGCAGCUGCUCACACACCAGCACAUUCACACCGGAGAGAAGCCGUUUUGCUGCUCAGAGUGUGGGAAAAGUUUUGCUCAACAGAGACUCCUCCAGCUACACCAACGCAUCCACACAGGAGAGAAACCGUAUCCCUGCUCUGAGUGCGGGACAAGCUUUAAACAAAAGAUUCAUUUACUGACACACCAGCGCAUCCACACAGGAGAGAAGCCGUACCACUGCUCACAGUGCGGGAAGAGCUUUAACCGGCGGAGUACACUGACGCUACACCAGCGCCUUCACACCGGAGAGAAGCCGUAUCUCUGCACAGACUGUGGGAAGAGUUUUACUAUGCAGAGCAACCUCCUUACACACCGCCGCCUUCACACAGGAGAGAUGCCAUAUUACUGCUCAGAGUGUGGGAAAAACUUCAGGCAUUUGAACACUUUAAAAGUGCACAAGUGCAUCAAGAGGGAGCCAGAGACUUGUGACAUUUGAAACAUUCAAGAGUUUGUUGAACAUGUUUAUUUUCUUAAAUUUUAACACAAAUGAUGUCACCCUUUCUUUGUUUUAUAUAGAUUCUAAGCAAGUCUAUUAAUACUGAAAAAGGCUUGAUUUAAUCCUGUAUGCCUAAAAGAUUAGUGGUUAUUUUGCUUUAUCUGCUCGCUAUUUCUGUGUUUAGUUCAACUGCUUGAUAAGCGCACCUAAUAAACUAGCAACAUACCCUUAAAA